AUGGGCAAGAAGUGGGACCGCUUCCAACACCUGGACGAAAAUGAGUACUGGAAUGAGAUCUGCGCCAUGUCAGAGAACCAACUCCGCGCCGAGCAUAAGAUCAUCCAGCAGAACGUGAUCAGUGCAAGCGCAGGCGCCAGUGCGAGCGGAGCAGCAGGAUUCUUCACCUUUGGUCUGGCCUGGGGCAUCACGGCAAUCAAUGCUCGUCGCAUCAACGUCAACUCCAGACAGUGCGAUCUGAUCGAGCGCCGGCUUCGAGAGCAAGGCUGGGACGGCCACAGUGUUCGCAAGCGGGACUUCUUCCUCGGAGCUGGGCCUUGCGUUGCAGCAGAACUGAUCAUUCCAGCAGGCGGUGCAUUGUUGGGUCAGGCUGUACACCAUGCGACGACUUCAGCCGCUGGACAUGCGGCGGCCAUGGGCGCCCAGCAUGCAGCUCAAGCGGCUGGCCAACAUGUUGCACAAGUUGCUACUGAACAAGCUGCACAGAACAUUGCCACCCAUGUACCCUUGGAUGCCCUGACAUCCGUCGCCAAUCAUACCUCCACGUUCUUCCAUUCGGCCCUUCAAGGUGUCGGCUCUGAGGUCUUCACCGCCUCGCACGGAGCCAUCGGCCAUGCAAGCGCUCAAUACUUCUCCUCUCUCCCCGGCGACCUCGCAACCGCACAAGCAAAAGUCCUCGGUGCUGCAGCAGGGCAAGCAGCAGCAACAGAAGCGACCAGAGAGGCCUUGAGCAAAGCCACAUUCUACAGCACCGAGCGUGCAAUCAAAAACGCCAUCGACUCCAAAGACAAAAAUAACAGCAUCGUCAUCACCACAACUGAGAUCAGUUCAGAUAUAGAUCUCGAAGAGACCCAGAAGCGAGCUGCCAAGCAUCUCCUCUCCAAAUACUACCAGAGCAUGCUGAUAUUCGAGCGUGACGGUACGACGAAGACCGACAUCGAUCGUGUCGACACAUGCACGCAAGAUGGCUGCGAUUGCACAGACUACGAUGAUCGCAAGCAGAGCCAAGCGGCAGUGGCCGAAGGCAACCCAUACUACUGCCUCUGCGGCCAUGCAUGGGGCUACCAUGAGCGAAAGGGUGAGAAUGGACACAUCAUCGCCGGCUUUUGCAAGACGUGGUACAAGCGGUUCGAACACCGGGAGAACAAUGGUUGCAAAAAGGAGGACAUGGCUGACAUUGAGCCAUGUGAGGAUUGCGGCUGCCGUGACUAUGACCUUGCACCCGGACAGGGAGGGAGUAAUUGCAGGUGUGGUCAUAGCUGGGGGACACACUCCAGUGCUCUGACCUCGGAGGAGAUCAACGAGGCUUGGAUCUUGGGUGUCGUCUCGGCAAGUUAUGUCAAGUAUCUGGCUGACGCUUGA